AAACGCAACUUUACUCCUUCAAUGAAAGUGGAAAGCACGUACAAAAAUACAUAGCUUAAAUAACAAACGUGUGUCCCUCGACCCCUCCAUUUCCCGCGAAAAUUUCUCUCUUCUCUUUUAACGGUAUUUCUCUUUCUCUCUCUUUUCCUUCUCUCUCACUGUAUGCUCUCAUACGACAACAACAAUGUCUGCAAUCCAUUGACAACCAAGCAACGCCCCUUAUUCUAUCUCUAAAAUUUCUCUCUCUAAAAUAAUCACGACCGUAAAAUGACUGAUUCUUGUUCCGCAAACACCGAAUCGCCACCAUUAACGGCGAUCACAACAACAACAAUAACGAAAGGUAUACUCAAAAAAAGGAUUCCAUCAUCAUGCGAAGAAAUUAGGGUUUCGAAUUCCGAUGGUGAUGCUGAUGAUGACGAUGGUGACGGAGAUGAUGGAGCGUAUCCAAUUGCCGCUUCUAUGCUUGGAUUGAACAAUAUUCGUACUCGAUCUAUAUCUGAUAAUCUCCAGAUGUCCUCGACUCUAUCGCCUUCGGAAAAACAUGAUGACUUAGGGGUUGAAAAACGUGGUAAGGAUGAAGUUAAAGGUGGUGGGAGUGGUGAGAGAAGAGAGAAUGUUACAGGAAGGAAAAAGUUUGUUGUUCCUGAUAUUCCUCUGUCUUCCGCUGAACUUUUAGGGAAAAAGGUAUCAUGGAGUCAAUCAAAGUCACUUAAGUUUCCACCUCCGCUCAAUGUAGGUAUUGAGGCACAUGCAGCUCUUAUUAAAGAAAUGCAGUCUCCACGAUUCCAGGCUAUUCUGCGUGUUACAAGUGGUCGUAAGAAGAAAACACCAGAUGUAAAAAGCUUUUCUCACGAGCUUAAUUCGAAGGGAGUUCGCCCAUAUCCCUUUUUGAAAUCACGGGCAUUUGGCCAUAAGGAAGAGGUUUUGGUGAUGAUCAAAGCCAAAUUUGAUAAAUUGAAGGAAGAAGUCAACGUUGACUUAGGCAUAUUUGCUGCAGAUUUAAUUAGUAUCAUUGAAAAAAGCACAGAAGGCCAUCCAGAUGGGAGAGAGGGCUUAGAGGAUCUUUUACUUAUAGCUCGUCAGUGUGCAACUAUGUCUACGGAAGAAUUUUGGUCCGAGUGCGAAAACAUCGUACAGGUUUUGGAUGAUCACCGGCAAGAGCUACCAAUGGGUACACUUAAGAGAGCUCAUUCUCGACUUCUCUUUAUAUUGACUCGCUGCACUCGACUCGUUCAAUUUCAGAAGGAGAGUGGCUAUGUGGAAGAGCACAUUCUGAGUCUUCACAAGUUGAGUGAUAUUGGAGUAUAUUCAGAGAAAACCCUUGGAUUAGAUAAUAUGAAAGCUGGCCCACUCGCAGAGCAGGAUGAAAAUGAAAAACCAAAGAAAAAAACAAAUAGAAGACAACACAGUCUGACAUUGCAACAUGACCAUUUAUACAUUAGUAGUACUGAUGGGCAAGAGGUUGGCACAGCUAAAAGUCAUGAUUCAACGGCUAGUAUUAGAAUGUCUUCUUGGAAGAAAUUUCCAUCUGGUGCUGCAAAGAACAAGCGAGAUGAUGAUGCUGUAAAAGCAUCAUCUAAGGAACAGCUUGGUGCUUUCCAACAAAAAGAUGAGCCAAUAGAAACUCCUGGUUCUAAUGCGGGAAAUACAUAUGCAUCUUUGUCAGGAAAAGUUUCUUGGGGUGGCUGGAGUGAUCCGCAACCUAUAACUUCUGAAAAUUUUUUAGUCUGCCGCAUUUGUGAGGUUGAAAUACCUACUGUGUUUGUGGAGGAGCACUCAAGAAUUUGUACAAUUGCUGAUAGAUGUGACCUGAAGGGACUAACUGUUAAUGAUCGUUUGGAGAGAGUUGCAGAAACCCUUGAGAAGAUACUGGAAUCCUGGACACCAAAAACCACAAGCCCUGAUGUUAGUGGAGUAUCAGUCUCUAAUAUGCCAGAAGAGUUAGAUUGGAUGUCACCUAGGAAAAAUGACUUGUCCCACGGAUUAUCUGACGAGUUGCUUGAUUGUAUUCCUGAAGCUGAUAGUUAUUUUUCCAUGGAUGAUCUGGCCAUUUUACCAGGCAUUUCAUGCGAGACACAUUGCUCUUCUGAUGUCAAUAAAAAGGCCUCAUCAGUGGGAAGCUCGACACCAAGAUCACCAUUAACACCACGUACAAACCAGAUAGAACUGCUAUUGCACCGAAGAAAAACAAUAUCUGAGCAUGAAAAUAACCAGCAGAUUAAGAAGCUAUUGGAUAUUGCUCGUUCUAUAGCGAGGGAAAACAAGCAUAAUUACUCUACAUUGGCAUAUAUGAUUGAUUGCUUGGAAGACCUCAAGUAUUCAAUUCAGGAUAGAAAAGUGGAUGCACUUGUUGUCGAGACGUUUGGAAGGCGCAUAGAGAAACUUCUACAGGAGAAAUAUGUUCAAUUGUACGCUCAAAUAGAAGAUGAAAAAGUUCAUCCAUCUCAGUCAUUGGCAGAUGAUGAAAGUUCAGUGGACGAGGACACAGCACGAAGUGUACGAGCAAGUCCAAUCAAUCCUAACACCAAAGUCCGAACCUCAAUUGAAGACUUUGAAAUUAUUAAACCAAUUAGCAGAGGAGCAUAUGGUAGAGUUUUUCUUGCUAGGAAAAGAGCAACUGGGGACUUAUUUGCUAUAAAAGUUUUGAAGAAGGCUGAUAUGAUUCGUAAGAAUGCAGUGGAAAGCAUAUUGGCUGAGCGUAAUAUUCUAAUUUCAGCACGAAAUCCUUUUGUGGUCAGGUUCUACUACUCGUUCACUUGCAAAGAAAAUCUUUACCUGGUAAUGGAAUAUUUAAACGGAGGUGACCUUUAUUCUCUUCUAAGAAAUCUUGGAUGCUUGGAUGAAGAUAUGGUUCGUGUUUAUAUGGCUGAAGUUGUUCUUGCAUUGGAAUACUUGCAUAAACAAAAUGUUAUCCACCGAGAUUUAAAGCCUGACAACUUGUUAAUUGGACCUGAUGGUCACAUCAAGUUGACCGAUUUUGGGCUCUCUAAAGUUGGUCUCAUCAACAGUACUGAUGACUUAUCAGGUCCAUCAAUCAGCAGCCCUGGUUUUUUUUAUGAUGAGAAGCCUGGAUCUGCUUUGAAAGAAUCAUCAAGGGAGCAGCGCCAAAAGCAUUCUGUUGUUGGAACUCCUGAUUAUUUAGCUCCAGAAAUACUUCUUGGAAUGGGACAUGGUGUAACUGCUGAUUGGUGGUCUGUAGGUGUUAUUCUCUUUGAAUUACUGGUAGGAAUUCCGCCAUUCAACGCAGAACACCCGCAGAAAAUUUUUGAUAAUAUUAUGAACCACGAUAUCCCAUGGCCUAAGGUACCAGAAGAAAUAAGUUUUGAAGCAUACGACUUGAUCAACAAAUUACUGAUUGAAAAUCCCGUCCAACGACUAGGUGCUACUGGGGCCAGCGAGGUAAAAAAGCAUCCUUUCUUCAAGAACAUUAAUUGGGAUACCCUUGCAAGACAAAAGGCUAUGUUUAUACCUACAACUGAGAGUGCAUUCGACACUGGGUACUUUAUGAGUCGUUAUGUAUGGAAUCCGGAGGAAGACCAUGUGUUUGGAGCUAGUGAUUUCGAUGACCUUUCUGAGAGUUGCAGUGAGAGCGUAAGCAGUGGAUCAUUCAUCAGCACUGCAGCUGAUGAAGAUAGAGAUGAAUGUGGUACUAUGGCAGAAUUUGGAAACAGAGAAAUAUCUGUGCAUCAGUACUCCUUCAGCAAUUUUUCUUUCAAGAACCUCUCAAACUUGGCGUCUAUCAACUAUGAUCAUGUGUUGAAAAUAAUAAGGGAUGAACAAGAACAAUCCGAGUCUUCCAUGCAAUAACAAGCGUAAGGGACAUUUUUGUAGCUCCUGUUUACGAUCUUCACGUCGAUACUCAUGGAAACAAGACCUCCAUUCUUCAACCUCAUAAUUCAAGAAAUAGACUUUGGGUAGUGCACGGUGCAGAAUGCAUCUGCCUGCCUGGUUCAGGCGCUCUUUAUCACUAGGGGCCUCCCCUUCGACUGGAAAUUUUGUUGGUUUUCGUCCAUUCCGGAAGAGCCAUUGGCCUACUCUCAAAUGUAUUAGCCAUGAGUUAUAGCUAAUAGGAAAUGGGACUUCUUGGCGUGACAAAAUGUGAAAACAUCCUAAUCAGCCAAGUAUGAUUCCCUCCCUCCUUUUUCAAUGUUAUGUUACCUGGACUCUUGUACCCAUAUCUCACUUGGAUGUAUCUACAAGUGUCCUACUUGGUUAAAACCUUAAAUAUUGUGAACUAAAAUUGAACUGUCUAAUUAUCAAGAGUUUGACAUGGGU